UGAAGGGAACAGGUAAUGGCAACUGUCAGAUAAGACAAGGUGAACAGCUUUGUUACUUGAACUGCUAGCAAACUACUGCAUUGGAACUAUUUGAAGGUUUACAAGGUCACAGAAAAUGAGUGUUAAAAAAGGGUUCAAGAUUCUUAUUGCUCAUAAUGAGAUUCCUAAAAGUGGGCUUGAUGUUUUUGCAGAGAAGUUGGAAAGAUGUGAACUGGUUAUCAGUGAAUCAAGAGGAUCUCCUUUUCCAUCUAGAGAAACUUUACUGAAUGAUAUCAAAGGAGUAGAUGCUGUUAUGUGGUUUGGACAUAAUCAUGUCGACAGAGAAAUGAUCGAUGCUGCUGGAAGUCAGCUGAGAGUGGUUGGCAGCAUGGGAGCAGGUUAUGACCACAUCGAUGUGAAGCUGCUGAGGGAACGUAACAUCGCAGUCAGCAAUACUCCCAGCAUUCUCAGCUCAGCUGUGGCUGACAUGGCAGUGGGCCUGGCACUGGCUGUCUCACGUAACAUCGUGCAAGGCUACAACAGCAUUCUACAAAACAACUGGGUUGUGAACCAUCCCACAUGGAUGUGUGGUCCUGCGCUGGAUGGUUCCACAGUUGGGAUUGUCGGCUUGGGAGCAAUUGGCUCUAAGAUAGCACGGAGAAUCAAAACUUUCGACAUCGCCCAGUUGUUGUACACCAACCGCCGUGAACGCCCAGAAGGAGUGGAGGUAGGAGCAAAGUACGUUUCUCUGGACCAGCUGCUUGCAGAGAGUGACUUUGUGUUCCUGACUGUUCCGUUGACACCGGAGACAAAACAUCUCCUUAGCUUAGAACAGUUCAGGAAGAUGAAGACCACCAGCAUCCUCAUCAAUGUUGCCAGAGGAGAUGUGAUAAACCAAAACGAUCUGGUGACAGCACUACAGAGCAAGAUGAUAGGAGGUGCAGCUCUAGAUGUUAUGAAUCCAGAACCACUGCCUCCUGAUCAUCCGCUCACAAAAUUAUCAAACGUUGUAUUGACACCCCAUAUAUCAAGUGCCACAUUCCGUGCCAGGGAGACUAUGGCAAGGUUGGCUGCAGAGAACAUCUGCAAUGUCCUCAACAACAAAGAGUUGCUCACUCCAAUCCCAUAGCAAACUAACUCAAUAUUUGUGGGAAACUAAUAAAAUACAAUUCAAUCUGUCCUGAAGUAUGA